AUGUCAUCCCAUCCCGAAAAACAGCCAGAGGCGCCGCCAGACUCAAAGAAGUCCACGCACGACCUCCUCGAAUCCCUUAAAUCGAUCUCGCUCAAACACAUAUUCAAAACUGCAGAAAACCGAGAUACGAAUGGAUUCACAGAACUUCGCGUGGUUCUAGCGGGGCAGGAAAGAAGAGAGGAAACCCCUUCAAAGAAAACUGGACAAGCUCGUCAGUCGGGUCGUGUCACUACUUGGGGCGAGGUUUCCGAUAUACGAGGGCUUGAUGCGCUUGAUGCAACGCUACGACUCAGGAAAACCGUGACCUGA